AUUAGUACGCCCGUUCCGCGUCCGUCUUUUUAAUUAUUCGCAAAUCUUCUAGUGUACACUCAAUACAUAUUUUUGCCAAAUCUCGAUACUGAGAGCGUAUCAAAUGGCUCCAGGAGUGAUUCAGAAUCCCGAUACUAUAAUUAAUAAUCCCCUUGACGUCAUUGCAAACAAUCAUAGCAGGGACUUGUUCAACGAAUUUUUGGCAUCGAAUACGGUAAUAAAGGCAUGCCCAAUCGAUCAUUUUAACGUCGAGGCUGAUUUAAAUGAGCAGAAUGCUGUAGAAGAUAAGAAACCAGAAGUGAAAAAACCUAUUCGGAAGGUCAUAAGGCCUAAAGUGCUUAAGAAUUACGAGUCCGGAGACUAUCUGUAUGAUCGCCUGUACGACUCUGAUUGCCCUCGUGUGCCCACACUAUGCAACGAAAAAUCGUGCUUGGGAAGCGUCAUGGCCAUCCCCGGUCGCGGAGACGUGCCGAGGGAACAGGAAGAGGUCCUCAACGAUGCAAAAGACUUCUUCGGACAAUACUUCGCUUCAAUCAGAAGAGCUAACACACCAGCCCAUGAGGCCCGCUGGAAGGCGGUGCAGGAGGAAGUUGCGAAGACCGGCACAUACCAGCUGACUACCACCGAGCUGGUAUUUGGAGCUAAGCUAGGUUGGAGGAACGCCAGUCGCUGUAUAGGGAGGAUACAGUGGUCUAAACUGCAGGUUUUCGACUGCAGACAAGUGACGACUACAAGCGGCAUGUUCGAAGCGCUCUGCAAUCACAUCAAGUACAGUACAAAUAAAGGAAACAUUAGGUCAGCGAUAACUGUAUUCCCGCAACGCACGGACGGCAUGCACGACUACAGGAUAUGGAACAGCCAGUUGAUCAGUUACGCAGGAUACCGGCAACCUGACGGCACUGUUCUUGGGGAUCCUAUGCACUGCGAGUUUACGGAGCUAUGCCUGAAACUUGGUUGGAAACCUACUCGCACUGCUUGGGACAUUUUGCCUCUUGUUUUGUCCGCUAACGGGAAGGACCCCGACUAUUUCGAGAUCCCAAGGGAACUUGUAAUGGAGAUACACAUGACUCAUCCCACGCAUGAUUGGUUCGAGGAGCUAGAACUUCGUUGGUAUGCAUUACCAGCUGUAUCCAGCAUGAGAUUCGAUUGUGGUGGUAUAGAGUUCACUGCCAAUGCCUUCAAUGGCUGGUACAUGAGUACUGAGAUCGGCUGCCGCAACUUUUGUGAUACAAACAGGCUAAACAUGUUAGAGAAAGUUGCUCAGAAGAUGGGUCUAGACACGAGGACACCAGUGAACCUCUGGAAAGACAAAGCUUUAGUAGAAGUAAACGUAGCUGUUUUGCAUAGCUUCCAACAGCAAAACGCGACCAUCGUCGACCACCAUACUGCUUCGGAGAGUUUCAUCAAGCACCUUGAUAAUGAGAACCGGCUCAGGUCUGGCUGUCCAGCCGAUUGGAUAUGGAUUGUCCCACCAAUGUCUUCAUCCAUCACUCCAGUAUUUCAUCAGGAGAUGGCGUUGUAUUAUUUAAGACCAGCAUACGAAUAUCAGGAACCGGCAUGGAAGACGCAUCAAUGGCAGAAGUCUAAGCCAAUAACUGGCAAGAGGCCCAUCAAUAGGAAGUUCCACUUCAAGCAAAUAGCCCGAGCUGUUAAAUUCACAUCGAAACUCUUCGGUCGGGCUCUGUCUAAAAGAAUUAAAGCGACUGUCUUGUACGCUACGGAAACUGGAAAAUCUGAACAGUACGCAAAGGAAUUAGGAGUGAUAUUUGGGCACGCAUUUAAUGCUCAGGUUCAUUGCAUGGCAGACUAUGAUAUAACUUCGAUAGAACACGAAGCUUUACUUUUAGUUGUAACAUCGACAUUUGGAAAUGGCGAUCCACCAGAGAAUGGUGUUGCGUUUGGAGAACAUUUAUGCGAAAUAUUGUAUGCCGACCAAGUAGGAGAUGAUUUAGCGGGGAAUCAAAUGUUGACUCCGAAAUCUUUCAUUAAAGCAAACAGUCAAAUAGAACUACAGCGAUACGGCACAAGCAACCCGAAGACCUUGAGCCGGUUAGAGUCACUAAAAGGAAGCGCAACAGAUGCAACAUCUAUUGAUAGUUUUGGACCACUUAGUAAUGUUCGAUUUGCAGUAUUUGCAUUAGGAUCCAGUGCUUAUCCGAACUUCUGCAAUUUCGGCAAAUAUGUAGAUAAAUUACUAGGGGAACUCGGCGGAGAGCGAAUCCACGAUAUAGCUACUGGAGAUGAGAUGUGCGGUCAAGAUCAAGCUUUCAGGAAAUGGGCAUCGAGUGUUUUCAAUGUUGCAUGUGAAACAUUUUGUUUGGACGACGACGAGACUCUUCAAGAAGCCAAGAGGGCAUUAGGUACCGUAGCCCUCAGUGAAGAAACAGUCAGAUUCUCUAGGAUGGUCGGCGGCAAACCACCAUCCCUGCCAGCAGCGCUGCAGUCAGCUCUCAACAAACAGUUCGUGUCUUGCACAGUGAAGGCUAACAAAGACUUGGGUGACGCUUCCGCAGAGAGGUCCACGAUUUUCAUUGAUUUAGAACCCAAGGAUGCAAUUAAGUAUGAUCCAGGAGAUCACGUCGGGAUAAUUGCUUGCAAUCGCAAAGAAUUGGUUGAGAGCUUGCUCGCUCGCCUCAAAGAUGUCGAUGACUACGAUGAGCCACUCCAGCUGCAGCUUAUGAAGGAAACGCAUACUUCAAGUGGACCAGUAAAGUCAUGGGAACCCCACGAAAGAUUGCCAGCUUUGAGCGUGCGAGAUUUAUUCACGAGGUUUUUGGACAUCACAACGCCACCGACCACGAUCCUCCUCCAAUAUCUGGCAACGACAUGUGAAAACGAGGAAGAAAAGAGGCAAUUGAACAUUUUGGCGACGGAUCCAGGAUCGUAUGAGGAUUGGCGCCACUUUCAUUUUCCAACCUUGCCAGAGGUUCUGGAACAGUUCACCUCAGCCAGGCCCAGCGCUUCCCUGCUAGCAGCACUACUGUCUCCACUGCAGCCAAGAUUUUACUCAAUAUCUUCAUCGCCCAUAGCACACCCGAAGCGACUACAUUUAACAGUAGCCGUGGUCACUUAUAGAACUCAAGAUGGUGAAGGUCCACUCCACCAUGGUGUUUGCUCAAAUUAUCUGAUGGAUCGUAAACCCGGCGACGAAGUUUAUUUGUUUAUUAGAAGUGCACCAAAUUUCCACCUCCCUCAAGAUCUCUCAGUGCCUCUCAUACUGAUUGGUCCAGGAACAGGUAUUGCUCCGUUUCGAGGCUUUUGGCAUCAUCGCCGGGCAUUACUCAAUUCUCGCAAUCGUUCGACUGCUGGUACGGUUUGGCUGUUCUUUGGUUGUCGAACUAAAACCAUGGACUUGUAUCGAGAAGAAAAGGAGCAGGCACUAAAAGAAGGUGUACUGUCGAAAGUGUUCCUUGCCCUUUCAAGGGAGAAAACCAUUCCAAAGAUGUACGUUCAAGAAGUUGCAGAAAAAGAAGGAAAGGAGAUUCACGAUUUAUUGGUGAAUAAAGGCGCUCACUUCUAUGUGUGUGGUGAUUGUAAAAUGGCAGAGGACGUUCAUCAGAAAUUGAAAGGAAUAAUCAAGAAACAUGGAAAUAUGACUGAUGAUCAAGUACAGAGCUUUAUGUUUGUACUGAAGGAGGAGAAUCGUUACCACGAGGACAUAUUUGGCAUCACACUGCGAACGGCUGAAGUCCACAAUGCUUCGCGUGAGUCAGCACGGCGCAAUCGUGUCGCCGCCCAACCAUGACGCCGGUCCUCGCGCUUCCGUCCCACAACAUUCACCUAGUCUUACGAUUACAACGACAUCACCAUUAUCAUUAACUGCGAUUGAAAAAUUCGCUUAGCUCACUUCGAUUUUAGUUAAUUCUUCUGAGUAUUGAUGCAAAUGUCGGAAUAACUAAGUCACGAUGUAUUAUGAAAUCUAGCAUUCUUUCUUUUCGAGCAGGAUUUGUCACUGGUCACAGUGAGAAUAUAAUAAUAUCUAAUAAUUAUGUUUCUACUUCUGAAAACUCGGUAAAUCUUCGCUAAAAUGCAGCUUCUUCUUGCUUUUAAUACAAGAUUUUGAUUAGAAGUGCAACAGAAAUAAGGAGUUAAUAUACUCGUACCUACUUAUUGUUAUUGUGAUGAUCUCAAAAAAUAUAGUAAUGAUUUUAGUUUCUUAUCGAUCAGUAUUCCAUUUACUGACCGAAAUUUAUAAUAAACGCAAAUAUACUUACAUGCCUGAAAUAUAUUCCUAUAUUACAUAAAAAUAUAAAUUUAACAUAAAAAUAUU